AUGACUGAGGAGACGAAAUGUUAUUCUGAGGUGAGUGAAUAUAAUAUUGUGGCGAUGGGUGAGAUGACGGGUUAUUGGAAUGUGGUGAUAGGUGAGGUGACGAAAUAUGGUACCGAGGAGAUGGAUUGUGAGACUGAGGGGAUGGUGAAGAGUAACGUGAUUGUAUGUCAUGUGGGAUUGAAUAAGGUUAAUGUAAAUGAAAAUUUAUUAAAAGAUUUGAAGAAGAAGAGUGCUGAUGACCAGAAAAAUUUAAAGAAAACUGUUGGUGGCUCCUUCACACCUACUUUAACAGAUGUUGAUCAUCAAAUCCUUUCAGUUAAGGAUGCUCAAAUACGUCCUGAUGUGAACCCUUAUGAUGAUGCAGCUGAAUAUUUUGGGGACAAUGUUGAAGAAAAUUCGUUACCAGAGCAUAACUCACAGCCACAACCUAAUCCACAACCACAAUCUAAUCCACAGCCACAACCUAAUUUACCCAAGUCAAAUAGAAAAAGGAAACUGGUGCUUCAAAGAAAAAAUGACAAAGCUGUAUUAAUAACAAACAUCCAGCUGAAGCUUUGA